AUGCGCAAUUACCCUGCAACAUCAAAGAAACAAAUCAGUGAGGAAGCAACAAUGGCUUCAGCUCAGUCUGUGAAACCCUCUACUGCCAUUGAAGCCUGCCAACCAAAAACCCAACACAGCUCGAUUGGCCAGAAAAUAUCUGAGAUGACUAACAAGGCUUUCAAAGGACACCAUGCCCGACAUGGCAGUACUCAGAAUCAAGUCCAAAGUUACAGCUCCCAAAGUCAGGUGGAGUCAAACGGCCAUAAUGGCACGAAAACAGAAACUCAUCACUAUGGUCAGACUCAGACCCAUCAUGACAAAAAGCAUGGUGUCAUCAAAACCCAUAUCACAGUUUGUGUAGUUCAAGCAGAAAUUACUGAAACCAAAGAGGGUCCUUCUCCUUAUGGUGCAACUACAACAUGCUUUGGAACUUCUGCUAAGAAAAACAGAGAGCUCAACAAUAAGAGAGAUAUCAAUUUGUUCCAGAGGAUUAAGAAUGGAAUGUCCCGCCAUAAUGGUGAAGGAAACAGCAGCAGCAGUGACAGCGAAAGUGACAAUGAGAAGAAAUGUUCAAAGACUAAGCCAAAGGUGGGUGCAAGUGACGAUGAGAAGAAAUGUCCAACAACAAAGCCAAAGGUAGGUGCACUUGACAAUGAGAAGAAAUGUCCAAAGACGAUGCCAAAGAAUUGA